GUUUUCAUCAUUUCCACACACUUUCAACCAACAUGGCCAACGAGAAGCCNCCCUUUAACGGCAUCAAAUUUGCCGGUCCUGAAGGUGAGACUGACAGAAUCGACUUCAAAGAUGAAAGAAGCUCUGGCUCCACUUCACCCGAGCAUUUACAUGAAGCCACUUUGUGGGAGAGACAACGCGAUCCUUAUCUGGGCAAAUCAGAGCGCCAUGUCAUUGUCGACCUUGAAGGCCUGGUCGAGCAAUAUGAUCUGCAUGACCUCAAAGAAGAACUCACCCGCGGCGCUCGCUAUGCCUACAACCGUGACGAUACCGAUCGCCUUGAUCCCACAGAGGAAGAGAGACACUGGAUUGCCAAAGAAAAGAGUUCGGCUUUCAAGGAUAAAUGGUCGCAGACAAAGAUGAUGUAUUACGUUGCAGCUGCCGCAAUCGUCCAAGGUAUGGACCAAACUGCAGUCAACGGAGCUCAAAUCUUCUACUUUGAGGACUUCGGCAUCACAAACACAUGGGAACAGGGUCUUAUUAAUGGAGCUCCUUAUUUGUGCUCAGUCCUUAUCGGCUGCUGGACAUCACCUGUCCUCAACAAGUACUUCGGUCGACGUGGCACUAUCUGGAUCUCAUGUUUCGUAUCCGUCGCCUCUGGAGCUUGGCAAGGUGCGACUUUUGGUAAAUGGCAGCUUUUUGCCUCGCGAUUCGUUGGAGGCUUUGCUAUCGGCGCCAAAUCAUCUACUACACCCGCAUACGCUGCUGAAUGUUCACCGCCUCGGAUCAGAGGCGCCCUGGGAUCCCAGUGGCAAAUGUGGACUGCUUUCGGUAUCAUGUUGGGUUUCAUCGCAUCUGUGGCGUUCUACCCAGUGCAAGUCGAUGGUUAUCCAGGCUUGAACUGGAGGUUGAUGCUUGCAUCAACUAGUAUUCCAGUAGCNCCGAUCGUCGUCUGCUGUAUGACUUUCUUCGCACCCGAGAGCCCACGUUGGCUCAUGAGCAAGGGUCGUUAUCGCCAGGCAUUCGAGUCUCUCUGUAGGCUUCGCCAAUGUCGACUACAUGCAGCUCGAGACCUCUACGAUAUCCACGUCCGCCUGAUGCUCGAGUACGAGCUCAAGCCAAAGACUGCUUGGGCCAGAGCAACAAAACUGUUCUCGGUCCCGAGAAACCGUCGUGCUGCGCAGUCCGCCUUCUUCGUCAUGUUUAUGCAACAAUUCUGCGGCGUGAGUCAAACCGGAGGCACAGAUACCAUGACUAGUGCUGGCGUUUCGUCUCACUCUGACGCUGGCUUUGGACAACAACAAGCACUGCUUGCGUCUAUGGGUACUGGUAUCAUCAACUGGUGGCUUCUGCUUACCACUUUCCCAUACAUGGCGGCGUGCUUGUUUUUUACUGGCUUCUCCUUCUUCAUUCCUGCCGAGGGUACCGCUCGUAUCGGGUGCGUAGCUACAGGCAUUUACCUUUUCAUGGUUGGCUAUUCUCCAGGCAUGGGUCCGCCACUUGCCGUCCGUGACACAGGAAUGGCAUUCGCGACAGCCACAUGCUGGGGCUUCAACUUUCUUCUCGCAUUAACGUGGCCGCCUCUGCGAGAAGCAUUUACUCCACAAGGCGCUUUUUGCUGGUAUGCUGCUUGGAACCUGUUCGGCUUCGUCUUUACUUGGUUCUGUUUGCCUGAGACCAAGGCUCGUCCACUUGAAGAAUUGGAUGCCGUGUUCAAUAUCAGGACGAGGGAUCAUGUCAAGUAUUAUUUGAUCAAGACACCUCUGAUCGGCAAAGGUUACGUUAGUAAUGACUUGGUGGAUGUGGCUGCGGUAAUCGAAGGAAGAGAUAUGAAGGGCAAUGUU